CCGCUAAUUAAUCAAAUAAUCAACAAUCAAAAAGAUGCGGCUGCUGCCAUCUAUCAAUUGAUGAACUUCUACAAUUUAAAACAAAAGAAAACAAAUGAGAACAUCGGGUCUGUCAAAUAAUGCAAGAACUUACCAAAAGAUUGAGGGGGUUCAGUCUGGAUGAAGAUGAGUUAACAAAGCGUAAAAGUAAAUCAAACAAGCAUAAUAAUACUACAGCAUUUGAUUUUCAAUGCUCGGCUUUUUACCAAGGCCAAUUCAUAUCAUUUCACUUGCUCGACGUAUUUCAAAAUGUCAAUUACGCUUUAAUAUUUUUCUGUUCUUAUGAUUUCACUGAACAAUCGAAAAGUGAUCUCCUUCAAAUACAGCAAUAUUUCUCUUCUUUCAUUGAAAAGGGAGUUUUGCCAGUAGUUAUUACUCAAGAUAGUGUUUAUACUCAUAAGCUGUAUGCAACCCCUGGCCAAACAUCAUUCAGUCUAGGAUUUAAACCUUCGUAUAUACUUGCAUCUGAUUUUGCUGACAGACUAAUAUCAAUAGCUUAUAAAGCAAUGAAUAUGAACACGAGAGACAUAAAGCGCACAGCGGUUAUCGUCAGAAACGAUAUGGAAGUCCUGUUUCAUUAUCAUGUGCCGGAGGGUAGAAACUUUCCUGUGGAUAUCCUGCUAGAUUGUUUCGGGGAACAUUUGUGAUCAGGCCGAAACGAUUUCGUGCUUUCCUCAAGUGCUCUUAUCAAAAAUAUACCUACGCUUUAAAGUAUCGGACUAUCUUUUACAUGCUAACAUUGAUUUUAAUUGAAUAAAUAAGUGUAAACUGAUGAGAAACGAACAAUUUGAACUGAAUUUGUCUACAGACUAAAUCUUCCAACUAACCUAAUGGGUGGGGAAUGGCUCAAACAACUACCAAAACGCCCUGAGAAUAGCCGACCACUUUAGUUCAGCAAAGGUAUCCGUUAUAUCUAGCAACUUAUUAUUGAUAAUAAGAUUACUGUUCUCAUUAUGUAUUGAAGACAACGUCCUAAUAAGUAG